AUGAGAGGUUCUUCCACGGGAAGCCCCAGAAUAGUUUCCACAAGUCAGUCAGUAAACAUUCUUGAUCAUGUUGAUGUUUUCCCGAGGUCCGAAAAACAAGUCUCCAAGAUUCUUCAAUCCUGCAAUCAAUAUAAGGUUCCUAUUGUACCAUAUGGUGGGGCUACAUYAAUUGAGGGUCAUACCCUGGCUCCAAAUGGAGGCGUAUGCAUCAUGUCAUCAAUGAAGAGGGUGAAAGCAUUACAUGUGGAGGAUAUGGAYGUUGUUGUUGAGCCUGGAAUUGGUYGGCUGGAGCUAAAUGAAUAUUUGGAACAAUACGGUCUAUUCUUUCCUCUUGAUCCAGGACCUGGUGCAACCAAAGGAGGCAUGUGUGCUACACGUUGCUCUGGUUCCUUAGCUGUAAGGUACGGAACCAUGCGUGACAAUGUUAUAAGCCUUAAGGUGGUUCUUCCUAAUGGAGAUGUUGUGAAGACAGCUUCACGUGCUAGAAAGAGUGCUGCAGGAUACGAUUUGACCCGCUUGAUUAUUGGGAGUGAGGGGACUUUGGGGGUCAUAAUUGAGGUUACCUUCCGGCUUCAGAGAAUCCCGCAGCAUUCAGUGGUGGCAAUAUGCAAUUUUCCUACAGUUAAGGACGCUGCAGACGUGGCCAUUGCCACUAUGCAGACUGGAAUAUGGCAAACGGGAAAAACUUGA